AGGAUUCUUUGUCGUUGCUGUACUUGUAGCUGCUUGCAGUUCGCUUCAAUAACAACACCCGCCGCUCUACCAGCGUGGCUUACGUCUGAGGUCAGCCAAUUUCCUUCUAUUUCCAUCUGGAUUGUCUUGAAAUUUCUUCUGACAACGUAACUGUUAAGAGGCACCAUGGAGGAAGAAGAGCACUUUGUGAACAUAGACCUGAAUGAUGACAACAUCUGCAGCAUCUGUAAACUAGAAACGGACACAGGAACGCUUUCCUUCUGCCAUGUGUGCUUUGAAUUGAGCAUAGAGGGUGUAUCAAGCACCACCCUGCUGCACUCCAAAUCUCUACGUGGGCAUAGGGACUGCUUCGAAAAGUACCAUCUCAUCGCCAACCAGAAGCUCUCCCGCGCCAAGGCCUCUCACAGCGCAUACGAGGGCGUGAAACGGGCUCUGAGCCAGCGAAUCAGCCGCAUUAUACAAUACACCCAGAACAGAGACUCUGUAACUGCAGAAACACCUGGGCGCUGGGGUGCCAAACAGAUUCUGUGUCACUCCCAGCAGGGCGGUAGGAAGCUCGUACCCCAGUCGGAUGCCCAAGUUCCCCGCUACGCACCGCGAUGGGCGGACGAGGGAUCAAUGGCAGUGUCGGAGUACGGGAAAUCCAUGCUGGACUGCCACUCCUCUGAGGAGCUUGGUCUCGACCUCCUGCAGGGCUCAUGCCAGGGAUUAUGGGCUGGAGAGAGACACCACCCACGAGAACCGCAGAACCGAGAGCAGAGAGACACAGCCAGACAGAGGAGACACACAGGACACAGUCGAGAAGAACUGGUGACGAUGAGUGUGGAGGAUCUUCGCCAGCUGAACGAGCAGCUGCUGCUACAGAUACAAAGUGUGUUUGAGGAGCUCUCUGUAGCUGUGCAGGAGAAGGACUCUCUUUCAUCAGAGCUUCAUGUACGGCACAUAGCCAUCGAGCAGCUCUUCAAAAACUGUGCCAAGCUGCCGUGGCUCCAGAUCGGGCGAGCCGGGGUCAAAGCUGGCAACAACCCAGUGGAAUGAGACCUUUUUAGGGACAACUGUGUCCCCUCAAAGACCGAAAAGAAACCGCAGCUCCAAGCAGACUCUUGCGGAAGCUCAAAGCUCAAAUGGACCGGAAGCGCACGCGCUGUGCUAAUAAGUUUAAUGUCACCUCGCUUUUCAAGGUGGCAUCUGAAUUUUCAGCUGGACUUUUGAAAGCAAAAGUGUUUUGCAGGCCUGUCCAAAGUGUUUCUAUGCAGAAUGAGGUGUUUUUAAAACCCUACAAAGACUUUUUUUUUUCUCUCUCCAUUCUGUCGUGGUUCCAUUCAUAUGUUGCUUUUUUACUCCUCAGAUCACUGUUUACUCUCCACUCUUGAUCAUGGGUGGUUAAUAGACUUGGAUCAGUCUGACAAUGUUCCUCCUGCACAUUCGGGCUUGCUGAUUGGUUGUGGUGUUGCUGUGGUAACUGUUCCUUAGAUAACAGUUUUUCCCUCCCUCUGCUCAUUGCAGUGGAACUUGUUAAUGACUGGUUGUUCCGUUACUCUAAGGCGUAUUUAACUCUUUAGUGGAAGUUUACAUUUCUUUUAUUGCACUCUUAAAGCAGCGUUCUUCAAAUUGACAUUUCAUAGGUGCGUCACAACAUUUCACGGGUUAUGAUUAAGAAAAUAGCAGUUUGGACAUGUUUCAGCUGGUAUGGUUAGUUCACACGUGUUAAGCACAGGCCUAACUUUGAUUUAGGCUUAACUUGGUGCUGGGAUUAAUAAUGGAACGAUAGAAAUGCUUAACCAAAGCCUUUGUUACCUCAAGGUAACUAUUUCAGUAUUUAUUUUGUUAGGACAAUUAUUUGCUUGCUACAAAUAUUUAAAACCAAAUUUGCUCUUUGGUUAUUACUUUUUUUUUUUUUUUUUUUAAAUGUGUGGUUUUCAUUUUUGUCGUGUUUAGAGGUUGUUUUCUUGUGGUAUUAUUGUAUAGUUUCUUAUAUUUAGAGUCUGUGCAUAAAGUGAAAGUAUCGUCAGGGCAAAAGCAACAUUUUUUCCAGCUGCCUUGAUUUCAGAACAGACUGUGUCGCCAUCUGGUGGCCGUUCAGAGAAUCCUGUUCACUUGCUGCCCUGAUGUGUGUGCAUGGCUCCGUGUCUAUUAUUAUUGUUCUAUUAAGCCUAUUAUCUCUAGAAUCUUUUUUAAAAAUGCAAAUAUCAACAUUGUUUCAAGGAAUCAGCUAGGUAUUUUGAAUUAUCUGUUCUCUUUAUAAGAGAUACACAUUCGACUGACCCCUCUGGGGUUUCUAAGAAUAUUUUAUUUUCUAUGAGCGAGUUAUCUGUGUAAUUCUGGUUAUGCUCUGAAAGGUCAAGUCAGCAAACUAAAGCUGUAAUUAUGGAUGAGUUGUGGAAAAGAAGCAAUACGUGUCUGAAAUGUGGUUUGCUUUCUUUGUGCAGUUUAAAAUCUUUCUUUUAUGGUUCACUCUGUGAUUUGACAUACAGGAGUUAAUGAAAUGAAGCACACUGUCCAAAUGUUUGUGUGCUGUAGAGAUACUGAAUGAACUGGACGAGAUUCAUUUUUGUCUCGAGUGUGUUGCAUAUGUUGUCUUAUU